GCAGUUGCUUUGAAUUCAUAUUUUAAAAAAUGCUAUCCAUCACAAUCCAUGACGAGCGAGGGAAAACUAAACAAAGACCAGCUACAACCCACGUUGGCAGCGAACGAUCCGUUUGAGGAGUUCAAUAAUUUGUGGAGUGAUAGAGAGAGUCAUUGCAGCCUCGGCCAUCACUCCCCACCGUGCAUGCGCGUCUGUGUGGUGCGUGAGUAAGCGAGCGAGUGAGAAAACAGCAGGGCACACAUACACACACACACACGCACUCACACACUUUGGUGGUAUCGAUGGGUUGACUCGGUUAUUUUUUCUUUUUCUUCCCUGGUUCCUCCUCCUCUCUCCCGGCACGGCACCACUACGACAUCUCUACUGUUCCGUGCGCGGCAGGACUGUGGUGGUGGCAGCCAUUUCAUUCACGUGGGUGGACAGACCAGUGCUGGCAAUAACAGGAUCUCAUGAGCCAUUUCGGUCUUUGUCGUAUCGUGCCCUCCUUGUUCUCUCGGAAUAGCUGCUGUGAGUUGUGUCGUCGUUGUUGUUUAAUUCUCUUGGAAUGUGAGCACCCAACGCUUUCGUAAUCUCAUCGGGUGUGCGUUUCUCAUUGACGCUGGAGCCGGGACUGCAUCCAGCAACAUAUAGUUUACAAUGUCAACGAUACGUAAGGCCUACAUGGAAAUUUCAAACGGUAUUCGGGGUCUUCGCUUUCACAGGGACCAAACGUCAACGACAGGGGGGUCCCAAGGCGAGCCUGUGAGUAAUAGCUCAUCAGCGAGACCUUCAGACGACAAGUCCAGCCCAUCACUCUCAAAGACUUCAAAACAACCUAUGCAUUUGGACGACGGGUCCGUAUCCGCUGCAGUUUCGAAAUUGUUUCCCUCCUCCAAGUCCGCUCAUUCAUCAUCGACUUAUAGUGCGUCAUCGCCAUCGCGCCAAGAGCACAUACGAACCGACAACGAUUCGAAUUUAUCGCCUUUAUCAAUGGUGCCAAACCCAUCGAAAGGAACUUUGUCAUCAUCCCCCCAGGCCUCUGUUUCUGUUUGCCACAAAAGUCAGACUUCUUAUGAUGCGAAUAGUGUCAACGGAAAGCAGAAGAAAAUGAGUAAAGAUAAUAUUUUUGCCCAGACCAAACUUAUUGGGUCACCGAAAGCAGGUAUUGCGAGUCGAAUAAGAAAACUUAAUCUGAGCAUUACAGGACAGAAGUGGACUGUAAAAGCAGAAACUAUUCAGGAACUAGCGCUGGAUGACACUUUUUUGAAUGUAUUCUUUUUCUAUUUCCCCCCCGAUGAACGAAGGAAAUUGUGUCAGGUUUGUAAGAAAUGGAAAAGUGUCCUUUAUCACAGUAAAUAUUGGGUGGGUGUGAUGCCAGUGAUUAAUUUCAAAGAAUGGGGGAAUGAUACGUCAAAAAGAAAGCUGUACUACGAGCACUUUCACUGUCGCGGAUUUGAACAGAUGUGUCUUGUUGGUGCCACCGACAAAGAUGUGACAGAUAUGAUCAUUAGUAUAGCUUCCAGCAAGAAAAACAUUAAGACUGUUUGUAUUCGGUGUUCUAACAUCUCUGACGGAGGUUUGGAAAGCAUAGUAAGAAAAAUGCCGAACAUAAGUAAAGUGGAAUUGUCAAAUUGUAAUGAAGUCACGGGUUCUGGGCUUUGGGCUUGUUUAAACCCGAGAAUCACGGCUCUCACAAUCACAGACUGCAUUCACAUUGCCGACGACACAAUCGGCGCCAUUGCACAACUCUUGCCCUCCCUUUACGAACUGAACCUCCAAGCCUACCAUGUGACCGAUAACGGCUUGGCUCUUUUUGACUCCAAACUAAACUCUUCUCUCCGAAUUCUACGACUCAAAUCGUGUUGGGAGAUCACGAAUCACGGUAUCGUGAACAUUAUCCACUCUUUGCCCAACAUCACGUAUCUCAGUUUAUCUGGCUGCAGCAAAAUUACAGACGAUGGAAUAGAGAUCAUUGCAGAAAACAUGAAAAAGCUGAAGAGUCUCGAUAUCUCCUGGUGCUCAAGGGUCACGGACGCCUCUCUGGAGUACGUUGCUUGUGACCUCGGUAAUCUCGAGGAACUCGUCUUGGACAGAUGUACACACGUUACAGAUAUUGGCAUUGGCUACAUCUCGACAAUGACUCCUCUCUCACGAUUAUUCAUUCGUUGGUGUGUACAAGUGGGGGACUUUGGAUUGCACCACAUCUUCUCCAUGCGAAAUUUGAGAGUACUUUCCAUUGCAGGGUGCCGAAGACUGACAAGCAAUGGAUUAUACGGGCUUAGACAUCUCCAGAGGCUUCAGGAGUUGGAAGUUACAAACUGUCCUGGAGCUAAUUCAGCUGUGUGCAGAUACCUCAAGGACAACAUGCCAAAUGCGAUGAUCUUGGAAUAACCAUGAGCACCAGUACAUCUGUUUUUAAAGAGUCUGAACUGAUUAAAUUCUGAAGCUUCAAUUUCAGCACCAUAGAAAUAAUUAUGAAGAGUAAAGUUCUUUUUAUUUGGCAGACCGUACUGAUAUUAUCAAAUUCCACUAAGAGUAGCUUUAUACCAUUUUUUAAAAAACCUUGCUUUAACUAACUUCAGAAUAAGUUCCUAAAUAAUAGGUACAAAAGUUGUCUUAGAUGUUUGCUUGAUAGGCCUAUUUAUGAGAGUGCAAGUUUUCACAGCUCUGAGGUACAGUUGUAUCCAAUUAACAGCAACCCAAGUAAGAGCAACCUCCGCUAACACAAAUCUAAGUUUAAUUAAUGGAAUUUUCCUUUACAACAACGUUUUCCCUCUAAUAGCAGCCUUUGUUGCCAUAAGUUCUCUGACAAAAAUUAUUUUUAACAAGUUGCCCACGUGCCUUUAGCACAACCUACAUUAUAGAGCUAAGACAGUCAUGCAUUGCUUUCAACUGACACUACAGUCGAAACUAAUUGGCAUCAGUCUUACUUCUUUUGAGCUUAUCUACUAAA